GGGGGGCUUCCUGUACAUUCCCAGCAGUGAGAUGGAUGUGCGUGGCGUUAGUUUGGGCGGCGCAGCUCGAUCAACAACAAGCGUCUGAAAUAACCCCAGCAGUCUUGGCCAGAGCUUUCUGUGCAUUCUUCUUUCCGACCGGCCGCACAAGUUAAGGACUGCAGAUGUCUCAGACAAUGGAGACCGAAGAGGACCUUUUGACUUGUCUCCACGUCAAGCUGUACCAUCCCCAGCAGACGUUCAGAGGGUUUUACCAUCAGCUUCCCCUCAGCAACAGGCGCCAACACCAGGCAGAUGAGCCUCUGCGACUGGGCCGGGAUGCCCAGGCCUGCACCUUUACCCUGGCUGACCCCAAAGUGUCCCGUAAACAGCUGGCUUUUCAUGCCUACCGUACCCCGCAGGACCCUGGCAUGCUCUUCACUGUGCAGAACCUGAGCCAGAAGGGGCGCAUGAUGGUCAACAGGUCAGCGUUGGGCUACCUGGAGAGGAUGGAUCUUCCGGACAAGGCCCUCAUCGAAUUUGGGGGAUUUGAGAUGCUCGUCGUCCGUGAGCCUGGCGAGGCCAAGAUGAGCUACGAGGUGGAGUUCCACGUCCUUGAAGUUCCUCCAUCCACGGAGACAGGCAUAGCCCCACAAAGUAUAACCCCCGUCAUGGAGACUGGCUCGUGCAAUAGUAGCGCAUAUAGCUUGCCGGGUGAACUCGCGUGUCAUGGACCACUGGAAACAGAUGAGACACUUAUGGCUUGACAACUUGUAUGCAUAUAUAGUGUGUUCAGACACUAGGCAAGUUCAAUCAUAAUUUAGGCUUUUAUUUGUGUAGUGAAAAAUCAAACUCAUUACCUGCUAAAACUUAAGUUUUUAAACGCAUCUAUUUUUCUUUUUUAAGUUGUCUUUAUGCAUGCUCAAUAAUAUCAGGAAAAUCACAGAAAGUUGAAUCAGUUCAUCAGGACACAACGUUUAUUGAGAGAGAGAAACGCGUCAUCACUCAUCUAAGUGACCUCUUCAGUCUCAACUGACUGCAGGUGUCCCCAUCCUUGGAAACAACGUAGUGGCAUAACGACCGAAACCAACGAUCCGUUCCAUAGUGUAACGUGCAUGGAUAAGAAGACCCGUUAGUCUAGCGGUUAGCGAGGUCGCCUGCGGUGCGGGCGAUGCGGGUUCGCUUCCCGGCCGCGGCAGCUCCUGUGAUUGCGUUGUCCCCCGAAUUCGCUACAAUAUGCAAAUUGCCGCGACCAUUGAGUGGAGUUACAGCGGCCAUGUGUACUAUUCGCAGAGGACCGGGGAAUGGCUGUGGGGUGUGGCAGGUGUACUCUUGGCCCCGCCUCGGUUCAGGAUAAUCGUUCCCUCUUCACGUAACGGCCUCUGACUCCCCGUAUGAGAACUGUACCGACACUCCCGCCACAUACGGAAUCACCGCUGGUCUACGCGUGGGCAGCUGUCCUCCUCCUCCUCGUUAGGAUAACCACCCUCACAGUGGGAUUUCCCCCCCCCUCCCCGGCCGCUGGGGACGUUGUCAGCUCGGGGGUGCAGCGUCCUGAUGACUCCUAGUUUGUGGUCCAGUGGGAUGACUCGGACCUCCCUGGAUAGGGCACCACAGCCCUCUUUUCCACUUCCUCCGUAUAGUUUGGCCGCUAUAGGUGAAACUGGAAAACCCACAGCACACCCGUGCGUCUGCCUGCAGUACUGCCCCCUGUAGGUGAAGCACGUGAACUGCAGACACCGCUUCAGGAGCAGACACACUUGGUCAGUGUCAAGGAUGGCCCUGUUGCUAAAGGUGGGGUCAUUUUGUAAUUCAUACAGACUACCUCCACAGCAACGUACAUGAAGAGACUUAACACGGUUUCAUCCGCCUCCAUAAUGUCCCUCACCUCAUCCACAAAACUGUUCUGAAUGUGAUGCUUACUGCCUACCAACGGGUCGAGAAUAGAUGCCAGAAACCUUCGGACCUUGAAGAUGGUAUCAUACAGAGUUAAUCAUACAGACAAUAGGCCGUAAUGGCACAGCCUGUUUACCUAUCUUAGGUAACCCAUACAGACUAGAGGCAACUUCCCCUGGGUAUAAACUGGCACAAAAUUCUGUCCGUAGCCUUGUCCCGUUCUGACAGUCUAUCACCUUUUUCUUGUAACCACUGCCUGGAUCUCGUUUCAGGUUCUCACAAGUAUUCAUGUCAACAAGUUACGUCAUAACUUCCUCAUGUUAGUCUGUCUGGUUUAAUAUCUCUUAAAUUAUAUAUGCAUUUAUCUAGUAAACUGUGAUUUUGGUAUCGCGCAUACCUGUGAAGCAGAAAAGCUGUGAAGUGCUGAGGUUACAUUUUUGUAUACAUAUUUAUCUUAGCCACAUUUUGUAAAAGUGUGACUCUUGACUCCAAGUCAUUAAAACAAUUUCAUGGUAGCUAUUACAAGUACUUUCGUU